AUGUCGAGCAACAAGAUCUGGCUCCGCGCCGAAACCAAGCCCGCUGAAGCACGAUCAGCUUUGACCCCUACCACCUGCAAGAAGCUCAUUGAUGCCGGUUACGAUGUGACAGUUGAGCGCUCGACCCAGCGCAUUUUUGAAGAUGAUGAGUUUGCUGCCGUCGGUGCGCCGCUCGUCGAGGAAGGUUCUUGGGUAAAGGAUGCGCCGAAGGAUGCCUACAUCUUGGGUCUGAAGGAAUUGCCCGAGGACGACUUCCCUCUGGAACACGUCCACAUCUCCUUUGCACACUGCUACAAGCAACAGGGUGGUUGGGAGAAUGUUCUUAGCCGGUGGCCCCGUGGAGGUGGUACUCUUUUGGAUUUGGAGUUCCUCACUGACGAUGUUGGCCGGAGAGUGGCUGCCUUCGGUUGGUCCGCUGGUUACGCUGGUUCUGCAUUGGCUGUUAAGAACUGGGCAUGGCAAUUGACUCACCCCGGCCAGGAGCUUCCUGGUGAGGUGCCUUAUGCCAACCAGAACGUUCUGAUUGAGUCUGUGAAGGAAUCGCUUGAGGCUGGCAAGAAGCAGUCUGGUAAAUCGCCCAAGAUCUUGGUUAUUGGAGCUCUUGGACGCUGCGGAAGUGGUGCCGUGGAGUUGGCCAAGGAUGUUGGUAUCCCGGACUCGGACAUCUUCCGCUGGGAUAUUGAAGAGACCAAGAAGGGUGGUCCCUUCAAGGAGAUUAUUGAGGAUGCUGAUAUCUUCAUCAACUGCAUCUACCUCUCUGCGAAGAUCCCUCCUUUCGUCAGCGCUGAGAGCCUUUCGACGCCCAACCGUCGUCUUUCUGUCAUUUGCGACGUGAGCGCUGACACUACCAACCCUAACAACCCAGUCCCCGUUUACGACAUCACGACCACCUUCGACAAGCCCACUGUGCCUGUUACUUUGCCUGCUGGAACUCAGGGCCCCCCUCUUAGUGUGAUUAGCAUUGACCACCUCCCCUCGCUCCUCCCCCGUGAGAGCUCUGAGAUGUUUAGUGAGGCUUUGAUGCCCAGCUUGCUGCAGCUCAAGGACCGCGCAAAUGCUCGCGUCUGGAAACAGGCCGAGGAUCUGUUCAAGGAGAAGGUUGCUACUCUGCCCAAGGAUAAACCAACGACAGUCGCCGCAUACGCGGCGGGGGCCUCCCUCGCCGCCGUCGCCCUAUUCUACGUCUUCGGACCCAACUACACCAUCGACGGAGACGAGAAUGCAAGUAGCAAUCGCAAAAAGAGUAUCGUGGGCCUGGCCAACCCCGCCAAUGACUGCUUUAUCAAUUCUGUCCUACAGGCUCUGGCCGGCUUGGGAGAUCUACGGGUAUAUUUGAUUCGGGAACUACAUCGACGCCAAUUGGACGGGCCGGAGAUUUAUAAUAUACUGCCGAAAUUGGAUGAGAUCCCGCGCGGGGAGAAACCGGAGAAGAUCCGUGAACUGCAGCAGGGGACGAUUACAAGCGCUUUGAAGGGGAUGUUGGAUCGGUUGAAUGAGCGGCCGAUUUAUAAGAAGACUAUUUCUGCGGCUGGGUUUGUGCAAUCGCUCGAGUAUGCAUUUCGGAUGCGGCUUAGUCGGAACCAGCAGGAUGCGCAUGAGUUUCUGCAGAUUGUUGCUGAGCGGUUGUGUGAUGAGUAUCAUGCUGGGGUGAAAGCGCGACAGAGGGCUAGAUGGUUGAUAGAGACGCCUGCGGGUUCGGGCGGCCAGGAUUCAAGCCCGGAGGUCGACGGCGAGAUGAAGAAUCCGACGGAGGUCGAGGUUCGAGUGGACGACGGGUCCAGAAAUGGAACCCCUGCCAUGCUUGAUACAAAGCUGGAUGACAUUGAGAACGAGGAUGGGUUUCCGCUUGAAGGCAAAAUGGAGUCUCAGAUCGAAUGCCAGUUCUGCCAUUACAAAUAUAAACCGAAUCAGACGUCUUUUGUGAACCUGACUCUACAGGUACCACAAAAGAGCUCGACUACACUCAGUGCUUGCUUCGAUGGCCUUCUUAAGACUGAGUACAUCGAAGAUUUCCGAUGCGAUAAGUGCCGGCUCCUUCAUGCUCUACAAGCCAAAAUUACCGAAAAAACCCGAGCGCGCUUGGAGAAGGACAAGCAGCGUCUUGAUGCAGACAUCCGGCUAAUCCAGGCGGCCAUUGAGACGGAUCCCGAAUGUAUACCCGAGGGAGUUACGCUCCCUCCAAAGGAACUCGCUCCAAAGCGCAACAUCGCCCGGCAUAUGCGGAUUACGGUAUUCCCCAAGAUCAUUGCGAUCCACCUCUCGCGGUCGAUCUUCGACCAAAGUAGCUCAACUAAAAACGCAGCCAAGGUGUCGUUUCCUGAACGGCUUUCCUUGGGAGGGAUUCUCAAUCCCAAGUGGUUUAAGCUUCUGACAAUCGUCUGCCAUAAGGGUAGUCACCAGAGCGGUCACUACGAGUCAUUCCGCCGCAAUACGCUCUACGCUCCUUUCUCGACUCGGGACGCGUUUAGUUCGUUCGCAAAUAGUCGCGCGACGAGCAGGAAUCCAUCGCGAGCUCAGUCACGAGCCACGUCGCGAGCGCCAUCGAUAGCCCCGAGCCCUCGAUUAAAUCCACGCAAUGGGUCUGACCCCGAUCCCGCUGAUAUUACCAACCUUUCCAGAUCUACAUCUGCGGUCUCCCUCUCCCGGAGCUCUCCGCCAAAGGGCUCCCUUAAGCUGAACCCUCCUCCUUCCCCAUCGCCUCGACCCGACACAUCGCAUUCCCGUAUAUCCUUCCAAAGUAUCCGAUCCAAAUCUUCUAGCUCGAAAGCUCAGUCCCCCACCUCGGAUGAUGGAAGCAGCCCGACAACAACGGACGGACGAUGGAGCAGGACCGGGUCACGCAGUUCCAAAGACAAAGGGUCAUCGCGACUGGGACGACGACGGAGCAAAAUCAACAACCGGUGGUGGCGGAUAUCAGACGAGAAGAUCAAGGAGUGUAAGACGUCGGAUGUGCUGGGAAUGCAGAAGGAGGUGUAUUUGUUGUUUUACGAGAUGGAAAAGCCGGAGUCGGAGUCUGGGUCGGCGAUUUAG